AUGUCGAAGAUGUGCAAGGGUCGCGAAAACUUCGACGAUUGGGCGUUCGCAGUUGAGAACUUGCUUAUAUUGGAGGGCGCGGACAGUUUCCUAAAGCAAGAAGGAACGGGCGAUGCAGCGGCGACCGAUGCAAAGGCGCGCGCUAAGAUGAUUUUGACGAUUGAUUCAUCAUUAUUCGUGCACAUAAAAGAUAUAACGACCGCGAAGCAAUUGUGGACAAAACUUCGUUCUUUGUUUGACGAUUCAGGUUUUUCUCGGAAGAUUACGUUGCUUCGUCAUCUGAUUUCUAUAAGGUUAGAAAAUUGUGAGAAUAUGACGAAUUAUGUGACACAAAUUGUUGAAACGUCUCAACGUUUGAGCGGAACAGGAUUCGCUAUCAAUGAUGAAUGGGUUGGUUCACUAUUGCUUGCCGGAUUACCAGAGCGAUUUAUGCCUAUGAUCAUGGCCAUCGAGCACUCCGGAAUUCAAAUAACGGCUGAUUCGAUUAAGUCAAAAUUACUUGAUAUGGAAGUAGCGGAUUCAGGUGAAUCGGAACGUACCUCAGCACUGGCAGCAAAAUGGCGGAAUAAAUCGAGCAAAAGGGGCAACACUAAUAAACAAGGCGGACAGAUCCCGAAUAGUCCCGAAUCAGUUUAG